AAAUAUCUGAACCCAAAAUGGUAAGAAAAAUCAAUCUCCUUGCACCCAAAGUAGUUCCGGAACAUUCCUAAAACCCCUUAAGUUUAUAUAUUAAUACUAAGAUUUUUAGUUCAGCAUGUUCAAGAUUCUAGAGCUUCCAAUGCGUAACCGCCUUUUCCUCUUCUCUAUAUAACGAACCCGAAACUGCUUUCAUUUUCACUAUUCCUUGUCUUUAAGAAAUCUGGGCUUCUUGGAACCUAGCAAGUUAAUACUAUAUUCGAGUACGAGAAAAAAAAGUGUUUGAAAUAUAAGUUUUUGGUUUCGCUUCUGUUUCUGGGUUGUGUGCGUGUGAAUGAUGGAGAUGGAGGCUCACAAUCACAAGGAGUCACUGUCUUAUUAUGGAGUCCUCGGUGUUCGUAUGAACUCGUCUGUUGAAGAAAUAAGACGUGCUUAUCGCAAGCUUGCUAUGCAAUGGCAUCCUGAUAGAUGGACUAGAACCCCUUCUCUGCUGGGUGAAGCAAAGCAAAAAUUCCAACAAAUCCAAGAAGCCUAUUCAGUGUUGUCAGACCAAAGGAAGAGGACACUGUACGAUGCAGGGUUAUACGAUCCUGAUGAUGAAGAAGAUGAGGGCUUUUCUGAUUUUGUACAAGAAAUGGUGACUCUCAUGGACCAAGCUAGGAGAGAGGAAAAGAGUUAUAGCUUGGAGGAGCUACAAAGCAUGCUUUUCGAGAUGGCCCAAGGAUUCGAGUCUCCUACAUGGUUUUGUGGACCAUCAAUACUUGAAGAUCCUGGAUGCUCAAUGAGAAUGCGUUGUGAUACGAAUUCAGUGUCACAUAGAGGCUCACAUUUGCAAACAACAGGCUUGGGGAUGUUUGGAAAGAGUGGUUAUUGCAAUUAAGAAGGCAGUUUCCACUGUUCUCUGGAGCAGACUAUGAGGAUAAACAUCAAUCUGAAUUCUGUUUUGCUCUCUGUUUGUAUGAUGAAUACUGAUUGAAUGUUCUGCUCACAAUGUUCUUUGAAUAAAAAAUUGGGGUAUGUUAGUGAUAGCCUUCGAGCUAAGCAAACAACAAAUGCUGGCCAUGUCUUGCUAUUUUGCGUUAGUUGUAGCCUGUAGGGCAGGGUUUCUUUGAUACAUCUUGUUAUGCAAUGCUUUGUAUAUAAAUCUUAGUGAUUGGAGUUUGAGCCUAAA